UUAACUACCACGAGCCGUCGUCCCCUGCCCGGACGGCCGCCGGACGCCCGACUGCCUUCCGCGCCGCCUCCUCCGCCGACUCCCUCUGCUGGAGCGGGAUCCAUCCGGCCUUGGAUCGCUUCUCCUCCUCCCUCUGGCUCCGGGACGUUACACUUUCAUCCUCUCCGUAAGAGCAGGGAGCGUGAAGUCCACGUUUGCUAUAGCUUGUAUACUGUUGUAGUCAUAAAAAGGUUUUGCCAUUUGUGAUAUUCUGCGCUUAGCUGCAUCACAAGGAAAAUGGCAAGCAAAGCAAGCGGUGAUGGCAAAGAAGCCCUAAAUGAGCAAGUAAUCGCCAACACCUAUGCCAACAUGCGCACGGAAAUGAACCAACUCUACACCAAGAUCACAGAGCUGGAGAUGGAGGUCAGUGAGCACUCUCUUGUGAUCGGCGCAAUCGAGCCGCUGGACCCCUCAAGGCGCUGCUACAGGAUGAUUGGUGGCGUCCUGGUGGAGAGGACCAUCAAGGAGGUCCUGCCCGCAGUGAAGCGCAACAAGGAGGGACUCGAGGAGGUGAUCGCUCGCAUGCACGAGGCGCUGGAGAGGAAGAAGAAGGAGAUCACCGAGUUUGAGCUCAAGUAUAAGAUCCGUAUCCGGAAGGCCGACAACAACGCUGAGGAAGAAGGCGGCAAGAAGGAAGGCACUGCGCAGGGAGUCCUUGUUGGUCCUGCCGGGCAGUAAAUCUGAGUUAGAGAGACCUGCAUGCUACAUUUACUUAUGCUCCCAAAUUGCUCUUUGCUAGGUGUGGAAUGCUAUCAUUGUGUGUGUUUUUGGGGGGUGAUGUGCUUCUGUAGAACCGACGAUUUUGUGUAAAACCCGAUGUUACACUUUAGAUGAGAACCUUGUCAGGAGUCAGGAACUGAAUGGUUUACAUGUUCUUCAGGUGUUAUGUGUUUCUGUCUGUUGUUCAUAUUUCACAGAACUAUGGAUUCUGCAUGCUUCAUAUUUCACUGAAUACCACGGUGUUUGUUUGUGGGUAA